AUGCUAUUUCUUUUUGUUCCGUAUCAAAGUUCUGUUCUUCAAUACCUUUUUUUCAGCGACAAGCCGGCCACGGUGGAUCCGUUCUCGAGGACGGCACGAGAACGUACCACCGGUCCUGCACAGGAGCCUCGCCUCAAGCAGGAUAGGGAACCAUCCCGGGCUGACUCUACUCCGUCGCGAUCUCCUUCAAGCAUCUCCAUGCAGAGCGAUGUUUCUCUCCCACCUAUGGAUGGGCUAACAGAUAAGGAACGAGCUCACAUCGAGGCAGUGAUGGCCAGUGCUGAACGCGACUCAAUGAUGUCGAUGGAAUCCCAACCACCCAGUGAGAUGAUGAUUCCUCCUGGGCUGGAAGACCUUUCCGAGGAAGAACGUCGACAAAUCCUUGCCGUGAUGGCAGCAGCUGGAGCCGAUGCAUUGGCACCACCGCAACCACAGAUCCGCCGAAGUGGAAGCGCUACCGUUCUACGACCGUCACCAUCCACAUCUUCUUUGCGGGAUCAACAACCUAAACGGCCGCAUUCGGCCAGGGGUCAGGCGCCCAGUAGGACGUGUGAGAUUUCAUUGAGUGACCUUUAA